GCCUACCUGCCUGCACUCGUCGCUCUUCAAUGGCAUCCUUUGACGUGAAACAAAUGCUAGGCAGCCUCGACAAGGACUCCUUCGUGUCCCUCCUCACCAAGCUCAUCGGAGAGUCCAAAUUCGUUCAAAACAACCCACCAGAGCUGAUCCCUGAGGAAGACAAGGUGGUCAACCAUUUACUGGAUGUUCUCCUUCCUUACAGCACCACCACUGGUGGAGGGCCUUUGAUCGUUAAUCAUGUCACUUACUUCCCUGGCAGAGGCAACCUCAUAGUGGAGUAUCCCGGGACUGAAUCUGACAAGAUCUUGUCCUUUGUGGGAAUGCAUAUGGAUGUUGUCACUGCUAAUCCAAACGAUUGGGAUUUUGAUCCUUUCUCAUUGAGUAUUGAUGGAGAUAAACUACGGGGUCGUGGAACCACUGAUUGUUUGGGCCAUGUUGCCCUUGUAACUGAGCUAAUGAGGAAGCUAGGGGAGACAAAACCAAAACUGAAAUCAACUGUUGUUGCAGUCUUCAUAGCUAAUGAAGAGAACUCAGCCAUAACAGCUGUUGGUGUUGAUGCACUAGUCAAAGAUAGGCUGCUUGAUAAGCUGAAAAAUGGGCCUCUUUUCUGGAUUGACACAGCAGAUAAACAACCUUGUAUUGGUACUGGUGGUAUGAUACCCUGGAAGCUUCAUGUGAAAGGGAAGCUUUUUCACAGUGGUUUACCGCACAAGGCUAUAAAUCCACUAGAGCUGGGCAUGGAAGCACUUAAAGUAAUCCAACUACGGUUUUAUAAGGACUUUCCACCUCAUCCAAAGGAGCAGGUCUACAGUUUUGCUACACCAUCAACUAUGAAACCAACUCAAUGGAGUUAUCCAGGAGGUGGAAUCAAUCAAAUUCCAGCAGAGUGUACAAUAUCAGGAGAUGUCAGGUUAACCUUGUUAACUCCAUUCUAUGAUGUAAAAGAUGUUAUGCAGAAGCUACAACAAUAUGUGAAUGACAUUAAUGAGAACAUAGAAAAGCUAGAUACAAGGGGUCCAGUCUCCAAAUAUGUCCUGCCUGAUGAAAAUAUUAGGGGAAGCCUUACAAUAACUUUUGACGAGACCAUGUCUGGUGUUGCUUGCAAUCUUGAUUCUCGUGGCUUUCAUGUAUUAUGUGAAGCAACUAAAGAGGUAGUUGGGAAUGUGAAACCCUACUCGAUAACAGGAGGAUUGCCACUCAUUAGGGAGCUGAAGGAUGAAGGUUUUGAUGUUCAGACCACUGGCUAUGGUUUAAUGGCCACAUACCAUGCCAAGAAUGAGUACUGCCUUCUUUCUGAUAUGUGCCAAGGGUAUGAUGUAUUUGUGAGCGUCAUCUCACAGUUGGAGGAUUGAUAUAUGAACUAGACAUGGCUUGCAAACAGUUUCUUAUAGUUGUAAAGCAGGACAAAAUGAACUUCAAUUUCUUUUAGUUGUAACCCUACUGUCAGUUCCAUCUCCUUGAAAUUAAUUUGUCAAUUUCAACUAAGCAAUAAAAGUUACCUGGAUCCAUUCAAAGCC